AAAACAAAACAGAGAAAUUAAAACAAACAAAAAAUAAAAAAAACUCUCUCACUCCUUCAACCUGUUUCUCUUCCCAAACCGUGAGGCCACCGCGGUGACGGGGAUCUCGCCGGGGAAAUGAACAUUCCGGCCAAACUCUCUUCCCUGUCUAUGAACAAUGCCCGUCUCUCCUAUCAUCGUCGUCAUGUUUUUCAUGAGAACCUUCACCUCCAAACGUUUUUCACCUCUUUCCCCUCUACUCUCUUAGUAUAGACGUUAUUCCAUACUUCUUCCCCCAAAAUGGAACAUACAUGAUAGACUAGUUGUUACAAAGAGACACAAUUUUUCAGAGGAUUUUUUUUUUUUUUUUUUCCCUCUUUUGUCAGUCAUGCCUCCGAUGAAGAUCCAACCCAUAGACGCGGAGUCACAGAAGCUGAAGGAACCGACAGCGGUGACUCGGAACGACGCCGUUAAGCCGGUUUUGAAGUCGCGGCUGAAAAGGCUGUUCGUGUUCGAUCGUCAGUUUCCGAAUGUGCUGAAGACCUCGUCCGCAGCGUCGGAGAAAGCCGGCGCCGGCGAGGGUCCUCAGUCCAACAGCGGAACAGCGGGCGCGGAGUUCGAGCCGAGCUCUGUUUGCUUGGACAAAAUGGUGCAGAGUUUCAUUGAAGAGAGUAACGAGAAGCAGACACAGGCUGUGAAAUGCGGUCGCAACCGCUGCAACUGCUUCAACGGAAACAGCAACGACAGCUCCGACGAGGAAGUGGACGUGUUGGGUGAUUCAUUUUCCUCUGGGUCGUUCGGCGACGCCAGUGACGCGCUCAAGAGCUUGAUUCCUUGCGCGAGUGUUGCGGAGAGAAACCUCUUAGCUGACAUAUCGAAGAUCGUUGACAAGAACAGCAAGGUCUUGAGGCGAAAAGACGAUUUGAGAAAGAUCGUCACCGAAAGCCUUUCGUCUCUCGGUUACGAUUCCUCCAUUUGCACAUCCAAAUGGGAGAAAACCCCAACCUACCCUGCCGGUGAAUAUGAAUACAUCGAUGUGGUUGUGGAAGGUGAGAGGUUGAUAAUUGACAUCGAUUUCCGAUCCGAGUUUGAGAUUGCUCGCUCCACGGGAACCUACAAGACGAUCCUGCACUCUCUGCCGUUCAUUUUUGUGGGGAAAUCGGAUCGUCUCUGUCAGAUCGUGGCUUCCGUUUCGGAGGCGGCGAAGCAAAGCUUGAAGAAGAAAGGAAUGCACGUUCCGCCGUGGAGGAAGGCGGACUACAUGUUAGCCAAGUGGCUUUCAAGCUCCUGCACCAGGGCCAAUCCGCCCUUGUCCUCUACCGUCGUCAAUGACUCCUUCCAGAACUUGAGCCACGACGCCGACAGUGCCGCGGCCGAGAGUGAGUCUGGUGAAUUCGAACUCAUAUUCGGCGAAAAGGCAUCGUUGCUUGCGCCGGAGACUUUUCCUGGUGGUCAGAAGAGCUUGCCACCGGUUGCGCCGCCGUUGUGGCAGCCACCGGCCGUGAAACUGAAGAGUGUUGAGCGAGGAGCCAAGGUGGUCACCGGAUUAGCCUCUCUUCUCAAGGACAAGCCAUAAAAAAAUAAUUUUGCUCUUUUUUCCCUUUUUUUUUUUUUAUAAAAAAAAUCCAUAAUUAAAAAUAUAACCAAAAUAUUUGGAUAAGAGCAGGACUUUUUUCUUUCUAAUUUUUACUCUUUUUGGUUUAAUGGCUUUACCUUUGUUUAAUGCAAGGGGUUCUGUAAAAAGCAACAAUAUAUAUAAUAAAAUAGAUGAAAAAAAAGUAAAUAUUUGCAAAAUUUAACUUUAGAAAAAAAAUGUUUCG